AUGGGCUGGGUCGGAGUAGUGACGCUUCUUGCGACGGCAUGCUAUUUGUUCUAUCGGUACCCUCCUGCAUCAUGGACUCAAGAGCUCCCGUCUGCCCCUUCGCCUCAGCCGCCGGGAUCAACCUCCGAUGAAGCUGAGACAACCAAUCUUCCAUCGGAGAAUAAUAAUUUACUGAGGAAUGAAUUGAAGGGAGAGAAUGCAGAUGCGGACGAUCCCCAAACCACACCAAAAGCGUCAGCGACGAAGGCACAGGCUCUCGAUGUCCCGACGCUGCACCUUGCCAGCGACCAGGCUGACGAGGCAACGGGUCCGAGUAAGCGAAACAAUGAGCAGCAAAUACGCCCUGGCUCUGCCAAAUCACCACUGGAUUCUGAAUCUAUCACUUCAAGCGAAAUAAAAAUGAUUCCCGUGGUGCCUCCGCGCCAGACCGGAUCCAGCACCUCCUCCUUGAUGCCUCCUCCUCCCCCUCCACGUCUACGACCAUCCACGCUACAGAGCCAGCCCCAACCAACCUCGUCGCUAAGCCCCGGACGAUAUCUCCCACGCCCCAGUGCAGGCAGCGCACUUCGUCCGCCACCGUCUGCUGCUGCCUCACUGCGCGUGCCACCGGGCAGCCGCCCCACGAGCAACAACUCGCUUGCGCCUGCACAACUUACUCUGAAACCGUCGACUACAGCGAAGAAGGCGAUUUUGGAACCAGGAUACUCGCCGCUCGAUUGGGCCGCGCUUACAGCGAAGCCGAAUAAUAAUCUGCGGGGUGCCAACCUACCCCCGACCCUCAUCCGAGUGUCACCGUCAAUGCUGAAGGCGCAAAAUGGCCGCAAGGGUUGCGAUGCGUGGACUUCCUACCAGGGCAAGGUCUACAAUAUCACUCCGUACCUCCCUUUCCAUCCCGGCGGCAAGGGAGAGCUGCUUCGGGGUGCAGGCAAAGACUCAGGGAAACUGUUCAUGGAGAUCCACCCGUGGGUGAACUGGGAUGCGAUCCUGGGGGAGUGCCUAGUGGGCAUUCUCAUAUCGGAGAACGAGGCGAAUGCGAACGAUAGCAGUCUCGAUGCGAUGGACUGA